AUGAUGACCACCGACAGUAUAGGCGGCUUAUACGCGGGUCGUUUAAUAAUUGGUCUUGGAAACGGACUUCUGAUGACCUUUUCCCAAUUAUACAUUCAGGAAUGCUCACCAGCUCGUUACCGCGGCCUCAUGUUAGCCGCUUUUCAAUUUUGGACUUCCCUUGGCUCUCUCCUCGGGACCAUCAUUGAUAAUUUCACAGCCAAAAUAGACGGCAAGAACAGCUAUCUCAUUCCGCUUGGUCUGAUCUUUGUCAUUCCCGUAAUUCUAUGCGCGGGUAUGUUAAUGAUCCCGGAGUCUCCGCGAUGGCUGCUACAGCAGGAUAAGCCCGAUCAAGCUCGAGAAGCCUUGAUAUGGUUAAGACCGGACCGACAGACUGUGGAUAAGGAACUACAUGAUAUACAGGGCGCAAUUGAGCUGGAGCAAGACAUGGCCAGCGGCACCUCGGUAUGGGAUAUGUUCACUAACCCUGUUGAUCGGCGUCGCACGAUUUUGGCUGUUGCUUCUGUGACUGUUCAGGCUGCUUGUGGAGCUAUGUAUAUGAUUGCAUAUGGUACCUACUUCUUUGAAAUGGCCAAUGUUGGGAAUGCAUUCGAGAACAGUUGCAUCCUCACUGCUGUUGGAGUUGUCGCUAUCUUGAUUAACAUUAGUCUCAUCACCCAUGUUGGUCGACGCCGAAUCUUCUUGACUACUGGGCUUGUUAUUUGCGGCUUUAGCCAACUUAUAGUGGCUGCGGUCUAUACCGUUCACCCAGGUACUGAGUCCACGGGUAAAGCAAUUGUUGGGCUAUCUGUUGUGUUUAUCCUUGGAUAUAAUGGAAUGAUCUCGACUUACGCGUGGUUAUCCGGUGGAGAGCUGCCAUCCCAGCGGCUUCGGUCGUAUACAUUUGGUCUUGCAGCUGCGGUUGGGUUCUUGGGCGCUUGGUUGACAACAUUCACUGCUCCCUACUUCAUCAACCCAGACUCUUUGAAUUGGGGACCAAAGUAUGGAUAUAUAUGGUUCCCAUCUUGCCUGAUUACGGCGGCUUUCAUCUUCUUCUACCUCCCCGAAGUGAAAGAUCGCACACUGGAAGAAAUUGAUGAAAUGUUUGAGAAACGACUUCCUGCUCGAAAGUUCUCCUCUUACAAAUGCGUGGGCAAUGCUGAAUCUGGACAGCGAAAUGGGUCAAUUAAUUCGGCCGAAGGAGGAUAUGGUGCCUCGGAGAAAACAAUUGCACACAUCCGUGAGAAUACAGUGGUCAAGGAUGGCGAGGCUAAGAUCAACACGACCGCAGAUCAAAUAACUCAAUUUGAGUGA